UCAAAGAUUUUCCACAUGCGUAAUGCGACGGAAACUGAAAAUAUUGGCUCAUCGGACGAUACUAAUCGUCAUUCUCGCACGAAGAGGACAGCACUUUAUGAUAUUUUGGGACUCACGAAAAAGGCGACCGAUGAUGAAAUUAAGCGCGCUUAUCGCAGACUUGCACUUAAGUACCAUCCAGAUAAAAAUUUAGAAGGAGAUCCAGAAAAAACCGAAAAGUUUAAAGAAAUAAAUUAUGCAAAUGCGAUUCUGUCGAAUCCUACCAAACGUAAAGUAUAUGAUGAAUAUGGCGAAGUUGGGUUAAAAGUUUUAGAACAGUUUGGGGAUGAUGAUAAAGUUAUGCGGUUGGUAUUUAGACCAUGGUUUAAGUGGUUGUUGAUCAUUUGUGGUAUAUCUACUUGUUGUUGGUGCUGCUGUUGUUGCGGAUUCAUGUUCUGUUGCAAUUGCUGUUGCAAUUUUUGUUGUGGAAAGUAUAAGCCGAAAGAAUUCAAUUUUGAAGAAGUAUUUAUAGUUUUUGUGGCAGUUAUUAUUCGAUCUAAGUAG